AAAUGAUCAUAUAAGAACUGGAGAAAAGCUGGGCUGAAUUCUUUUGGGGGUUAUCGUUGAUACUUGAGAAAAAGAGAAAAUGUUUAGUUUCAUUGCACUAAUUGGCAAGAUGGAUUGUGAGUUUAGUAUUAUCCGUAGAAUGCUCGAUAAAGACCUUCUCCACUCGGAAAUGGGAUGUACCGAUAGUAGUGAGGUUGGUGGACCACUGAUUUUCAUUGUUCACUUUGAUUUGCAAAGUGGCAUUUUUAUGCCCCCGCACCGAUGUGUAGCGUACCGAUAUGUAAUUAGAUUAGUUGGUUGUGGUCUGGUUAUUCUAGGGCUUUGUUGUUCCCUUUGUAGUUUUAGCGUGAGGUAAUUCGGAUGUAAAUGUGGUAUUCUGGAAAGAUAGGUAACAAGAGAUGACACGGCUGAAAUGGUGCAUCUUUCAGCCGGGUUGCUGUAAUUUCAACUGAAGUCGAAAAAAACAUGUCUUACAAAACCUAAUUUCCUAAAACUUUGUUUCAAGGAUUUAGGUAAACGUCAAGCGUUAUUAACGAUGAGUAGACGACCUGGACCACCUUCGAUUGAUGGCUUAUAUUCCCUCAAGAUUGAUAACAUAUCAUAUCAAACGGCACCACAAGACUUACGUCGAUUGUUCGAAAAAUAUGGCGAAAUAGGUGAUAUCCACAUUCCGCGUGAUCGUUACACCAAGCAAAGUAAAGGAUUUGGUUUCGUACGCUUUUAUAGUCGACGAGAUGCAGAAUAUGCGAUGGAUCGUAUGGAUGGACGAUGGGUCGAUGGCCGUGAGAUCCGUGUUGCCAUGGCACGUUAUGAACGACCAAUCGAUGAACGUAGCCGUAAUGGUGGUAGUAGUGGUUACAGAAGCAGUCGACGUUCGCGAUCGCGUUCACGUUCACGUUCACCACGACGUCGACGUUCCUCAACACGAAGCCGUAGUGGCUCACGAUACAAUGAAAGACGUUCGACUUCCCGUGGUCGAAGUGUUUCACACGACAGGUCUCCAGUAUCUCGAAGGUCUGCAAACUCGAGUAGCCCACCAGCCAGGAAUGUUUCCCGAAGUCCUCCACCUCGCGAUUCUCGCAGUCCUGUGACGCGUGAUCGAGACAGACCUGAUGAUGCAUCAAAUGGAAAUGAUACUAAUUACUGAUUCGUUUAUGUUUUGGCUUUGAGCAAGACAUUACUCUAAUGAAAUUGUGUUUUAAGACAUUUUACUUUAGUUUAACAUAUUUGCUUCGCUUUCUAAGAAGUAUAAAUGUCUCUACAGAAAUAUUAAUUGUAGGGAUGCAACAGAUAUUGCGUUGCAUAAAUCGGUAUUAAAGUAGACCUGCUAGACCAUUUCAUCGAUGAACGGAUUUUAGGUUAUAUGAGAUGAUGCUGGAAAAUGCAUUAACUAAACUGUUGCGAGAUGUUACAGUGAGGAAAACGAAGAUUUUUUUAUCUAAGAUUCAUUUGUAUACUAAGCAUUAAUUUGUUGUUCCAAAUUUUUGAUUUUCAAAAUUUCCUUUUUUCAACUCUUGGCUCUUUGUGUUAUGCAUAUCUUGCUGUGGUUAAUUAAUGAAUAUUGUUUAAGUCGUUUCAUGACGUAUAAAAUUAAGUUCAAGACAUAGUUGCUUCUGGAUUCUACAUUAGUGGAGAUUUGCAUAGCAAAAAGUUCAUGGCUUAACAUCAUUCGUGGAUUGCACUGUGAUCUUUAAUCUUGUUACAUUGUUUAUAGUUGAAGUUCUAAAUUGAUUCUUGAAUUUAUUCAAAUUUAUCGCAUAAACUUACCUCCU